AUGAUUAAGGUCACUCUCAUCCUGAAUAAUCAAAUUUUCCUCCUCAUUUUUUUAAUUUGCAUAAUUUCAAGGGCAUCCCCAUUGGUUGGAUCAAUGGAUGGAUGGAAUCACUCUGUGGUGUCUGAGUUUGUGUUUCUGGGACUCACCAAUUCAUGGGAGAUCCAGCUUUUCCUCCAGGUGUUCUCCUCUGUGCUCUUUGUGGCAAGCAUGACUGGAAACAUCCUCAUUGUGUUUUCUGUGACAAGUGAUUCUCACUUACAUUCUCCUAUGUACUUCCUACUGGCCAGUCUCUCCUUCAUAGACCUUGGGGCCUGCUGCACUCUUUCCCCCAAGAUGAUUUAUGAUCUUUUCAGAAAGUGCAAAUUCAUCUCCUUUGGUGGCUGCAUUACUCAGAUCUUCUUCAUCCAUGUAAUUGGUGGUGUGGAGAUGGUGCUGCUCAUAGCCAUGGCUUUUGACAGAUAUGUGGCCAUAUGUAAGCCUCUUCACUACCUGACGAUCAUGAACCCACGAAUAUGCAUUUUGUUUCUGGCUGCUGCCUGGGCCCUUGGUAUUAAUCACUCAUUAUUCCAAUUGGCAUUUAUAAGUAAUUUACCCUUCUGUGGACCUAAUGUACUGGACAGUUUUUACUGUGACCUACCCAGGCUCCUCCUACUAGUCUGCAAAGAUACUUAUAGACUGCAGUUCAUGGUCACUGUCAAUGGUGGAUUCCUUUGUGUUGGAUCUUUAUUAAUACUUCUCAUCUCCUACAUCUUUAUGCUUUUCACUGUUUGGAAACAUUCCUCAGGUGGUUCAUCCAAAGCCCUCUCAACUCUGUCAGCUCACAUCACUGUGUUUUUUUUUUUCUUUUGUCCAACCAUGUUUGUCUAUACAUUGCCACAUCCCAAUUCGCAGAUGGACAAAUAUCUUGCUCUCUCUGAUGCAGUUCUCACUCCUUUUCUAAAUCCAGUCAUCUACACAUUCAGGAAUAAAGAGAUGAAGACAUCAAUGAAGAGAGUUUUCAGACCACUAGAGAUUUUUAGAAAGAUCUCAUAA